AGUCACGUGCUAUGAACCAACCCUUUUUCGCUUUCUUUCACUGGUUGCUGAGGAGUACUUAGGACAACGGAGGAAAGUUUUAGUGAUUCGUGUGGUAGCAUAGUGAAUUUUACAAAUAUUUGUUCAGACAGUCAGGUAACGGCGAAUAUUGCUAGGGAGACAAAAAAUAAGUUGCCAAUAACUAGUGGAACGAAACUUUAUCUCUCCCUCCGCUAAAAAAAACGGACAUUUGUUGGUGUCAAUAGCGACAUUACUUAUUUUUAAUUUUUAAAAAUGGUUUUACGGGUUUUGGUACCGUUCGUGUUGGUUGUUUUUAAUCUAGGUUUAAUCGUGGGACAGACUGCCGCGCCUGGUUCAGCUUGUUCAGUUCACAGUAACACUAGUUGUGAAGUCUGCCUGAAGAAUGUUUCGUGUUUGUGGUGUAACUCCAACAAGAAGUGUAUCGAUUACCCAGUGAAGACGAUCCUUCCCCCCAGGUCUCUGUGUGAGCUGCCCUCUGCCAGAUGGGGAGUCUGCUGGGUGGAUUUCCAGGCUCUGAUCAUCGCCAUGUCCAUGAUAUUAGGAGCUCUUCUGCUUGCUGUUCUCAUUUGCUGCUGUUGCUGCUGCAGGAAAAAGAAGGUUAGAGGACCAGAUAAAACUGAGGAAAAAAUCAACCGUCAGAAUGAACAAAGGAAGAUCCGCCAGGAGGAAAGGAAAGUUGAAAUGAGGGUCAGACAUGAUGAAAUCAGAAAUAAGUAUGGCUUGACCAAGGAGAACCCUUACUCCAAGUUUGAGAACAAUUAACUCCACUUGGUCAACAGCCAGAAAACUUCGUAAUCUUUCUUUCCAAACCAGUGACUUUUUUUAAUAAGCUAUUUCUUCCACAAACCAGAACUUUUCAUCUGGGUAUUGCUAGUUCAAAAUUUCUACAUGCACUUCAAGCAAACAAAGCAGGGAUAGUCGAGGUGGCUUUGUACAAUGGAAACUAAUUUCCAGCAUUAAAUAUUUCACUCUGUUCCUUUGUGACAAAGUUCACCAGUUUUAUACUAGAUAGCUAAGGUUGUUUUUUAAUGGCUUGUCACAAGUGCCAGCCCUUAGAAUGAAAUAUGUUUUUGCUGCCUUGUGCUAAGAAGCAAGAUAGCAAUAUUGUAGCUUACACAUGAUUUAAAACAUGUAUUAUAACCAGAUAAGCAUUUAAAACAGUAUACAAAAUAAACCAUGGCUUUAAAGAAAAUAAAGGCUCUUAUACUGGAGCAGGACACCAUGGGUGAUUAUGAAACACCAAAGGAGCAAUGCUGUGUAUAUAAAAACUGUAAGCCUGCAUUAGGUUUCUAGUAUGCUAUUAACAAGAUAAUGUGGACCUGUUGGAUAUAAAACUUCUGUUUUUAAAGGAAGAAAUAGCUAAAGUCACUGUAUCUGGGGUUUUUUUUUUUCAUACUUGCCAAGAAUAUAAUUUCAAAAUCCUGUUUGAAUCCUUUUUUUGUUUUUGAAAACAUUUUUUUUCCCCAUUGGGAUAAGGUGAAAAAAGUGCUAAUGCUAAUAUAAAAAAUAAAAAUAAAAAACAAUUCUUACAUCUUUAACUGUAGGUUGGUUUGAGAGUAACGCAACGCAGUAUGUAAACUGCUGCAUCCUGGUACCAUUGCUGUUGGUCACAUGGUCUGAUUGCAGCUCGACCAUUGGAGUGAGUUUCAGCUAAAGCAUGUGAAGUGAUUAUGUAACCGAAAGCAGUAACAACUUCGUUUCAGUUGUGUACUCUUUGAAAUGUUUGCAUAUUUCAAAUUAAAAUGUAAAAUACAUUCAAAGAAAAGGGGAAACCAGAGACAUUACUUUUGCUAAUAAGAAAAAAAAAAUAAAACCUUAAUUACCACUCCUUUAUGGUGUUGAUAUGUUAUAGCUUUCAUUUCUUUCUAAAAUUUUAAAUGAAAAAAAAUAUUUAAUAUGGAUUUUGACUGAUGUGAAGUUGGCUUUCAUUUACUGCUGUACCACAAUCGUCACUGAGUUUUGUAACUCUUCAUAACAACCGAGGCCGUAUUGUAUAAGCUGUGCAAACUAUAAAUGGGAAACCAUGUUCAUUUAAAAUGUUGUUGCAGAACAUUGUGUUUUUGAUGAUAAAUGUGCUGUUAUUUCCUUUUGAUUUAGUUGAAGUAAAACUAAUUUUGUGGAUUGUUUAAGUUGUGCAGCAGUAAGCCAGAAAUAUAUUUUAACACAUUUAAAAUUGUCAUGUGAAACAUCUUCAGAAAAGCUGUUAUUUCUACAAUAGUCCAAUUGAAUUAAUUAGGAAGCUGUGAAUGUACUAUUCUUAUUUAUCUUCAUGGAAAGAAGGCAUUCUAUUGAAAUGCAUAUGCAUUUGUUACAGGAAUCGGUUUCUCUCAAGGAACAAUAGCUAAACAUGUAUUAUUGCUCAACUGUUGGAACGUUUUUAAGCCUUUUCAAGGAAUAACCAAAGCUUUAACAUCUUUUGUUCCUUCCUCCCAUUAGCACUAGCAAGUGCAGCAAUAGCCAUUUUCUUGUGCUAAUUUAUGCAGAUUUUAGAAAAACUAAAGCAGCACUAUAAAUUACAGACCUAAUCGCUUACCUGUGCAGUAGGGCAGCACAGGAGACAUUGGCUUUAACCUUGGUAAUCUUCUAAUUAUUAUUUAGCAGACGCUUUUAUCCAAAGGGACUUAUAGGGACUAGGGGGUUAACUGUGCAUCAACAACUGCUGCUGCAGAGUCAGUCACAAUAGGACCUCGGUUUUACGUCUAAUCCGAAGGACAGAGCACAAGGAGGUUAAAUGACUUGACAGUCAGUGGCUGAGCUGGGAUUGAACCCGGAACCUCCUGGUAACAAGCCCCUUUUCAUUAACCACUGGACCACCAAGCCUUCUAGUCGGUAUACUUACAAAAUCUGUAUAUCCUUAAUUUAAAGUUUAAAUUAUCCCCAUUUAUAAGGGGACCACUGAUUACAUAUUCCUUGGGACCUUGGUUAUCACUCCUUUAAUUAGAGCCCCAUCUUUCCUUUCUCACCCCCCCAUUUUUCCUUUCCUGUGCUCACAGAAGUAAGUAGAAGCAAAAUUGACCUCUCCUUUUCAGGUGCAUUUCUAUGUAUUUGAGCCAACUAUUAGUUGCAUUUCGUACAUCAUUUAGAACUAAGGAAUGAUAAUUGCUAACCAGUUACAUGGUUAAUAUUCCACCCAAAAGGUAUUAUUUGUAGUAAUUUGCGUAUUGCUUUACAAUUUUUAAAGGCAUCCUAGUUGUCUCGAAAGCAAUUGGUUGCACCUUACUGGGGAGUAGGAACGUUUUUGAUGGGAGCUUUUCUUUUGAACCGGUGUAUGCAUUGGGAUACUGAUAUGUUUAGGAUUCGGGGGAGGGGGGGCAGCAAUGUUGUUGUUGUUGUUGUUGUUGUUGUAGGGUAGACUGGAACAACUUGGAUUUUUUAAUUUUUUUAUUAUGAAUGCUUCAGUUAAAUAUUACACUCCAACCAUCUUUUUUUGCCAAUGACCUAAGGGGGAAAUAAAGCAAUUAUUGGCAGGUACACUCCAAAAUAAAUACAGCUACAUCAAAGGUACUUUGGUUUAAAGAUAAAUCUCUUUAUAUACCUCUUAGAUGUUUGCAUUGUGUAAAGCAAACCUUGUGUCUCUGUAUUUGAAUGUAAUUUACAGUAGUAAUGCACCUCUGCACUGAGCAAUCUCUCUUUUUUUUUUUUUUUUUUUUUUAACUAAUACAGCAAACCGUGCUCAGCUCAGGCUUUACAAAUGGCAGCCAAGAUUUAAAAUAUAUUAAAAAGACAUAUCAUGGGGUUACAGUUAGGUUAUUCUUUCACUGCAUGAAAGAUCAGUUGGUUUCUUCAUCAGAGUAUAAGAAAAGGCAUCUGAUGAAUAUUGUGAAGUAAUGUGAAACAUAUAUUUUUCACCAAACUACUGCAUGGACCAUGUAUUUGUUUCACUACGCCCAACUACCUCCUAACCCAUUUUUAACCAGAUACAUUUUUUAAGAAGAUCCAUGAAACACCAAUGUUACUUUUGUAAAACAUCCUUAGUUUUCAUUUUAGUGGGUAGCGCUUAACCAUACAAAAUGUACAGAUGAAGAACAAGUAUGCUUUUCCCCACACGUUUUUAAAUGUUUUUGCAAAUUAAGAUUUGGCUAAAUUCAGGCUACACUGAAUACUGAUACUGAGCAUGCUUGAAAUUUGAAUCUGUAGUCAAGAUAAGAAAUUGUAUUGUGUCCCCCCCCCCCCCCCCCUGCUGCCUGGAGAGCUUGUAUAAUGCAGUAUGUAGAAGCAAUAUAUGUUUGAUUUCUGUAUGCUUUCAAACUUGCUCAGUAAGUUAGCUGUUCAUAAUGUGUUAAUCACACAGUAAUGUUUAUAUAGCUAUUUGUAAAGGUUAGCUUUAACAUACCGUAGUUAUAAAUGUAAUCUUAACACUUUUGACUUACUGGGGUAGACCUGACACAUUUGUGUAAUUUCAUAUUUUAAUAAAAUAGUCCACUGUUAAAAUGAAA